CCAUUGCAUUUUAAUUAAGUGCAUUUUAAUGAGGCAUCAUUGGCUGCUGGAUGCAGCAGAUGUUCCUGCGGCUGCUGUUAUUUUGUUCAUUACCAAUGAGCGCAUUUUUAAUAGGCUCCCAAAGCUGGCAAAUGCGGCUGAAUGCUUUGGCCUGGGAUCCUUGUUCCCGCACCUAAUUAGACAUACCAUUAGCUAAACCUUAAGCCUAUUUAAAUUAGUCUACUACGUUUGUGGUUUACGCUUUGCUAAAACAAACACAAAUAAUAAAAAAAAAAAUGAAAAAAUAGUAAAAAAUGUGGAAAAAUAAAUAAAAUGUCUGCAAAAUUGUCAGUCUAAUUUAAUUCAAAGGCUUGGCUGUUUAUAGUUGUUCAUAUGUAUAUUGUGGCCAGCGGGCAAUAUUUGUGAUUAAAGUGAGAGUGAAAAAGUAUAGUAGAUGGAAAAUUUUUUACGCUGGCUUACUUUAACAGAACUGGGCAUAUUUGCACUGAGCUAAAACUUGAUGCAUGUAGAAGAAUUUCUUGAACUCAUUUAUUGAAGAAUAUGCACAGAAGGUCUCUACUCUCUAUUUAAAACUAAUAUAAUCUAAAAAAGCUUUAAUUCCUGUAUAUCUCCUUUAGUAGAAUCUCUCCAGUGUUGAAUCGUUUUCCUUAAAUAGAUUUAUUUUCUUUAUAAUUAAGUGUUUUUUAGCGGCAUAUCUAAGCAAACAACAUGCCAUUGCCGUUUAUUCUAUACCACCCCGUUUAGCAGCAUUUUCCAGGCUCAACAUUUUUUAUUUUUUCAUUUUUCAAAUUGCGUAAUUUUCAUUAGUUUGCUGCAUCUGCAGGCAAAUUAAGAGCUGCUGCUGUCUCACUCCCAAUCUGCACGACUCUGUCACUCUCGUGUCCAGCGUCUGCCACGCCCCGGCUCGCCCCCCAACCGCCUAAGGUCGAAAGUGCGUAUCUGCAGGAUACGCAUGCAAAUAAGCGCAUGUGAGUGCAGGACGACCCUCGCUGGCUGUUGAUGUAGUAAAUGUAUUUGUGUGGUUUGCAUUUUUUUUGCAUCAUACGAACAUGCAUUUUUUUUUUUAUUUUAUACGCAAAUAAUUGUGAAUCUCUCUGUUUUUUUAUUCGCAUAUUUUUCGCUGGCUGCGGUAGGUUAUUGUUUGGUUUGUUUGGGUUUUUAUUUUUUAUUUUUAAUUAAAAACGGAAGUAAAUGCUGGCAGGCCGAAUGCAGGGAUGGCAUCCUGCCUGGCUGGUUGACUUGUCAAGUGCAUGCGUGAGUCUGCCAUCAAAAUGCGUGGGUGCGAGUGUGUGGGUGUGUAUUAGGCAUGUGUGUGUGUGUGUGUGUAUGUGUGUGUGGGCGCUCACAUAUCGGGCACUUUGGCCAGAUUGUAGUGUUUUGCUAACAAUGCAAUUUUCAGUGCAUUGUUGCUGGUGGUGAUGCCCGCCUACAGAGCUCUCUUCCUCGCACUCUCUUUUGACGGACGCACAUCAAAUCAAAUCCUUAGCUGCUGCAGCGGUCGCAAUUUCAGACAAUCGCCGUCGCCCGCCUGAUGAAAUGUCAAACGCGUUCCCGUUCCGAGUGUGCAAACAGUGUAAGGCACAACGGAUACGGAUACACUGACUGCCGCUUAGAGAGCUGCGGAACCAUAUAUGCCCGCCACGCACAAACUAAACCAAACUCAACAACAAUAAAAACAUGGCAACAAUUCAAAACUGAAGAGUUUUUCAAAUAACGCAAAAAAAAAAAAAACGUAAAAGGGAAAAGGCAUGCAAAAAAAAAGAAGAAAAAUAGAAAAAAAAAUCGAGAAAAUUAAAACAAAACAAACAGCAGAACGCAUCAUCGUCGGCAUCAGCAAUGGCAGCCUCAUCAGCCUUUGGCUUUGCCACUGCUCUGUGCCACGCAUGAGGAGAUUUUGGUUUGGCUUUUGAUUGACGAACUUGGCUCGUUGUUGUUACUGCAUCGUGCCUCCUGCCACCUCCCUGCUGCCUACUGACUGCUUCACGAUCCGCUUUUCACUCAAACUCAUCAACGUCAACGACGCAUUCAAAUCGUUUUGAUGGACUGCUGCCGUCCCACUGCCUUUAUCCGGCCGCCACCCCCAGCUUCCGUACGCAGCGCAUCCUGGCACAAAAAAAGAAAAAAAGGAGAAAAAAAAUCACACAAAACCUUUGCACAAUAUUUGUAUUUUACGCAAUUUUUACUGACUGCCAUGUCGUUGACUGGUUGCCUGUUCGUUGCUGCCUGAUUUGCAAACCGAUUUGCAACAUUGUUCAUGUCAGUCGGAGUGCAUUGUUAAUAAUCAUGAUGUGUGUGCGUGUGUGUGUGUGCGUGUGUGUACGUGUGUGAGAUCUAAGUUUUAAUAGCUAGACUCUUGUUUGCUCAGCCAUUGUCUUUGCCUGCCGAUUGCAAAUUAGUGCGACAAUAAUUGUGGCAUUAAAAUUUAUUUGAAAAGCCAUAGAAAUUCCUUGCGCUUUCGUCAUGAGUCUGAAUCUAAUCUCAACUUAUGGGCCAGCAAAGAAUAUCUCUUUGCAUUUGAUUCGAUUAAACAGUUGGCAAGAGUUGUAAUAAAAGUCAAAUUAGCUUUAUUGCGUAUACGCCCCGCUGGCUAUUUUGUUUUACUUUUAACUCGCACUCAUUUAACAGGACUCAAACAUGCCUCAUGCAACGCUUAACACUUUCCACUGCAACGCCUUUCCAUAGUUAAUUUGCCAUAAAAUAUGCCAGCAACAACAGCCGUCAGCUGAUGAUGGAAUGAAGCUCGUCUCGUUCUCGUAAUUAAAUUACUCACCAUCAAGUUGCAAGCUCAGCAAAGGCGUGUCCUCUGUAGAGGGAGGGGGGUGUUGCGCUCAUAAACUGUUGCCAAAAAGUUUUAAGCUGCAGUUGAGUCCCCGCAAAACUUGCCUAACCGACAACAGAGACAAGAAUCUGUUUUCACAUCCCAAACUUUUGCCAAACUUUUGCGAGCAGUUGCUCUUGUCUGCUUUUGUUGUUAUUGUUUUUUUUUUUUGCCUAUUUUCUCACAUAAUCUGGCAUGUAAAUGAUAUAACCACAAAGUUGAGCAUACUUUGAAUUUUGUUUCUGUGCCCAAAACACUUCAUACCACUUGUUGCUGUUGGCAACUUGUUGGAUUUGGCCUGGAAUUUAGGCAGCUGCUGUUUUAUGGCUGUAAAGUUAUUUAUGACGCCAGAAAGCAAGUGUUAAAAUGCAUUGUGGUUUAAUCUGCAACUGAACGAGUUUAUAAUUCACUCUAUCUGCAUAAAACAAUAAUCGGAAGGUCGUUAAAAUUUGCUUUAGCCCUGGAUAGAACUAUUGAAAUGAUAUAUUAACAUAUCUAAUUCAAUAAGAUAUAUGAAAUGUAUGUGAUAUGUGGGUUUUUUGUGGUUUUGUAACGAAUUUUGUAAUGUAUGGAAGGAGCCGUGUCCGAUCUCCUCAAGUACCUACGUGAUUAGCAUUACACAUCGAUCGAGAAGAUAGGAUCCGACAUAUGAAUAUCACAUAGCUGUAUGAACAGUUGCUUUGAGUUAAGCAUGCUCGAGGUGAAUAUGAACAAGGAGCCGGCCAGUUUGAAAUUAAGGCAACCUAAAACAUGUUAGUCAUAAAAACAAGUUAUUUUUCUCUUUUUACCAAUAUAUUUCGAUUGCUUUCCGACAGUCUUCUUUAGAGCUUGAGUUCUUUUAUUACACGUCUGCUCUGUUGUAUAAGAAACUCUUUUGUUUCUUUCAAGAUGUCUUGACCAAGUUUAUCAUUUGUGAGUUUUAUUGUGCAUGAAAAGUUGUUGUGUUUUUACGAUAUCUUGAGCACAGUUGGAGAUUGAAUUCAUGUUAUAUUUAAAAUAAAAAACUCAUAAGAUAAUCGCUACCCAUUCAGCUCCUACGCAUUAGUCUGAUCAAUUAGUUAUCUCAAGCUUAUUGUAAAUGAAAAGUAACUUCUGCUGUCUGCUUUUAUUCUGUGUUGUUGUUGUUGUAGCUGCAGUUGUUUGUCUCUUGUCUGCGCCUAGUAAAACAAUCCAAGCAAAACGUGCGCUUUAAUAAACCAUGCGACUUGGCAUCUCUCAUCAGUUGCAGUUAAAAACUAAGCCGGGCAGCAUCUUCUGCAAAUGUUUCGCUUUAUUCUCUUACUGCUGCUGCACUGUGUUGCGGCAACUGUGACCGAGCCAAGUCUCUACAGUGCCGAGGACAACGUCAAAAUAUUGAACAACGACACGUUGGAGCUGCAGUUGUAUAGUCCGCAUACCUGCAAACUUGUGCAGUUCAUCAACUAUUUCUGCGGCGACUGUCGUCGCUUUGCAGGCACAUUUAAGCAGCUGGCCUGGAAAUUGUACGGAUGGCAACGCGUACUCUCGAUCUAUGUUGUGGACUGUGCGCAGGAGCGGAAUGUGAAAAUCUGUCGUGACUUUGACAUACGAAAAACGCCAACGCUGCGUUUAUAUCCACCCGCUUUUCAGCGAACUGAGCAAAAACUUGGCUUCGAGUUGGACACACUUGUGCCAGAUGAUAUUUUUGUCCAGCUUGCCGAAUUUAUAGGCAAGGUGAAGUACACAGCCUUUGACCAGCCUAAUUUUGAGCCGCUGACUGCUACGGAUACUAAACAAACGCUGCUUAAUGAAUGUACUACUAGUAGCACAAAGUUUAUUGUGCUCGUCCACCAGCCAGAGGGCUCAACAUUGGGCAGAGACACAAUUCUGGGCCUGCUGACUUGGCCAAUUGUAGCUGUGCGCAUACUGAGCGAUCGGUGGCUGUUUGAUAACUUUGGCUUAAACCCUACCAGCGAUUCCUUGAUUAUUAUGGAUUGUCUGGGAAAAUCCUUAAGCCUACAUCCCCAAAAUGAUAGCAGCACAGCCUAUGUGACCAGCGUGCAGCAAUAUCUGCAGUCCAAGGCCUACACAGCAGUGUCGCCUCAUUCGACUACGACUGCGCCAAAUGUUACUUCAUAUCUCGUUGAUGAGGAACAAGCGGCAAUUCUUGCAACUGUUCUGCAAGGAGCACCAAAAAUAUAUCGUGCCGAUUUGGAGCAGGCAAUUGACAAGCUGCUCCACAUAGAGCUGCCUAAAGUGCGUGUUUUUGCAGGCGAAAGUCUUUUGGCUCUGAGGCAGUUGCUCAAUGUUAUGCACCGUUUUAGUCCUUUAAACCGCAGCGGAAAUAUAUUGCUGGCACGUCUGUAUGAAUUCGUUAAUGACUUCGGCGGCGACAAGCUUAGUGGCUUUGCCUUUCAGGCGCAGGUGCAAUUGUUGGAGAGCAUGCUGCCAAAGGUAUUCAAGGCCAGGCGAUAUGUGGGCUGCAUUGCAUCGGGUCCUUUUCUGCGUGGCUUCACCUGUUCGCUGUGGACGCUGUUUCAUUAUCUCACCGUGCAGACGGCCAGGUCGCCCGUUUUGCCAGCGGGUUUUGUUUUGGGCACUAUUCACGGCUUCGUCAGUCAUUUUUUUGGCUGCAAGGAUUGUGUCCAGCAUUUCCUGGGUAUGGCAGAGCGUCGCAGAAUUUUCUCAGUGGCCAGCCGGGACGAGGAAAUCCUUUGGCUAUGGGAGGCACACAAUGAGGUGAAUCAACGCUUAGCUGGCGAUUCCACCGAAGAUCCCAAAUUUCCGAAAAUACAAUUUCCCAGUCGCAGUGUUUGCGACAAAUGUCAAAUGCACACGCCUCAAAACACGACUUGGAGGCGGCCAGAGGUAUUGGAGUUUUUUAAACUACUCUACGCUGUCAAAAACUUGAGCAAUUACGGCUUACCCACCGCAAUUGGUUACGAGUGAUGAUUGGGCAUUAAAUCAGAAUCGAGGUUCAAGACUCUGAAUUGGUUUAAUAAAAUGUUCUACGGGAAGAUUAAUAUAAUAAGGUAUUGCAAAUAAAUAU